AUGAGUGGCACAGGACUCGGAUGGCCCGCUUUAGUGCCACCAUACCGCAACCGCCUUGAAGAGUGGUUUAGCACGCCUGAGAAAUUGUAUGCCUCAUUCGACACGAGGGAAGAGCUUGUAUCAUUGCUUAGGGCUUGCGAUAACACGCUUCUUGAAAGUAGCCUGCAGUUGAUUGCGGAUGCACUUCUUGAAUGGCAUGCAGACAAUGCCCGCACAGUUGCGAGUGGGCGCAGGGAAGCAAGGAGGCGCUUGACAGAGUGCUUGCCCAGUGUCCCGGGAACUGGCCUUAGCUUGCAUGAGCAUUACAAUCAGAUCGCACUUCAGAGUCCACUUGCGUUGCUUCCGGUUCUUCGCAAGCGGAAGUUAGCUACUGAUAGGGUCGUAGAUCGCGGUGCCAGGGCCACUGAAGAGAUACGACUUCGGCAGGAGUAUGCAUUGCGUCUUGCAGCCAUCAUGCAGGAGGCGCAACUGCCGGUGUGCAAGGUGCUUGCAGGGGUCAGCAAUGCCGAGGAAGCCUGGCCACGGCUGUUCGGGACCCGUCGAUCCAAGACAUUGAGGAAUCGCUUUAGGGCUUGGGAUAAGUUUCGGGAAUGGUUGCUUUAUAGCCGUGGCAGAAGUUAUCCGGAAGGGGUAGCUGAUGUGCUAGAUUAUGCCAAUGAACGAUUCCAGGAAGGAUGUGGAAAGACAGUUCUCGAAAGCCUGCAAGCCUCUCUCAGUGUAAUUGAAGGUGUAGGGCGCGUGCCGUCCACGCAGCAGAUAUCCCAGGAUCCCACAUGGCAGGCGCAGCUCAAAAGUUACACAGCCGAUUUGGUUUCGGCGGCACCGCCGGAGCAGCCAGCCAGCAUGCUCACCGUUGCUAUCAUCCUCGCAUGUGAGAUCUUCGUUUGCACGCCUGGGGAGCCUAGUUACUUGAGAGCAUUGGGCUUUGUUUGCUUAUUGAUGGUUUGGGGAUCGCUUCGGGCUGAUGAUGUUCAGGGGCUCCUGCCGCAGACCAUGCUUCUGGACGAGCGAGGGCUUAGCAUUGAUCUCGCGCGGUCCAAGACUACAGGGCCCGACAAAAGGACCCACACCGUCAAGGUCUUCGUGGAACGGAGUAUCUCUCUGACAGGGCAUGAUUGGCUGAAGGUUGGAUAUGCACUUUGGAAGGAUUUCGAUUUUGAGAGGGAUUAUUUGGUUUUGAAGGCCAAUGAAGGUUUCACGGAACCCCUUGAGAAGUCGGUGCCUUCCUCCACGGUGGCCCUUUACUUCCGCAAAGUUCUCAGUGAGUUGAAGACGCCCAAGCGUGAGGGGCGCACCUGGAAGGCCAAUGAUCAGCGUCCGCUGCUCCCAGGAUACACUUCCAGUCAUUUUACGGGCCAUUCUGCGAGGAAGUUUAUCUGGGUUGUGCAUCGUCUCCAGAGUCACAUUGCUUGUUCUCUUGUCACCGGACAGCCUAAGCACUACAUCGAGGUGGAUUCCAUCAAGGCUUUGACGGACUAUGCAGCUAAGGCGGGGGAGAGCGAAUCUCAGGUUCGUCGCCGUCACACCCUCCUCGAGGGAUCCAAAGGCUUGGGCGGAUCGUGGCCAACUCUGGCAUUGGAAGUGGGUGUUGCGGCACCACCUUCUCCGGUCGAGCAGGUCUCGAUGCCAGGCAGCCGGGGGAAUUACUUCAUCGUUACCUCUCGCACCACAGGCCUGAGGCGUUUGCACAUGUUGGGCUGCUAUGUCAAACCUGAGAAUUGUUACGAUGUAAAAUUUGUCAAUCAUGUCGGCGCGGAGGACGUCGAUAACAUUUGCAAAGAUUGCAAAGCAAGAAUGAAGGCUCAGGCCGGAGAGGAGGAAUCAGACCCCUCCAGCAGUGACAGUGGGAGGAAGUCUCACUCGGCGCAGGCCGUGAGGUGCCGACGGAUUCUGCAUCCUGUCACAGGCCUCAGGGCGACGGGUGGACACAUCGCAGUGCAGCUAAAGGCCUCAGGGCGGCUAGCAAUCCAAGUCCUACAGGGCCACAGGCGAUUCCAGGCAAUCGCCGAUUCCCGGCCGGAAGCUCGGGCUGCUGGGAAGGCGGACUUUGGUUUUGAUGAUGGGGCUGCUGAAGGGCGGCAACAAAUCGCGGGGGUCGUCGCUGCAUGGGAACUUGCACGCGACGUAAUCAGCAAAGAGACGGAAACGCGAGCAGAGGCGAAAGUGUUAGGCCAGCCGCGAAUCUUGCAAGUCACAGAGAGGCAAGCCAUGCUCAAGGCGGUAGCGGCCGUUCACGGGCAGCUGGGAGAGUCGGAGACUCCAUCGUCUGAGUACCUCGCUCUCAAGUGCGAGGAGUGCGAAGCCAAUGAGCCCCAGGCUUCAACCUUGGAUGCCAUAACUUCGAAGAAGAACACGCUCACCACGAGCAUCCAGUCCAGCCUUGACGCUUCGGGGCGAAUUCAUAUUACUCAGCACAAAUCCAAGAGUGAGCUCCCGACUACUACAGAAGCUUAUCGCAAGGUCCUUCGCGUGGAAGCUUUCACAUGGCUGUGCAUGGCAUCCCGCUUUAAAUCCAAGCAGUGGCUUCAGGAUCUCAAGCUGUCUGACUUCGACCACUUCGUGAACUACAUCCUUGGCGAAAAGGUCGCGCAGCUCACAGUGCCUACUUCUCAUCAGCCAGCCGAUGAGACCUACUUCACGACGCCGCUCGCCUUGUCCAUCAUUGAGCGACCACGCAAGUGGCACAAAGGCAAGGGCAAGGGUGAUGUGGGCUCUUACCUUCAGUCGUUGGGCAAUGUCACUAAUCUUCUUCAGUUCGAUCUUCAGCGCUCCACGGAGCAUGACUUGACUAAGGAAGGCUUGUGGCAGCACAUCUUUCAAUUGCUUGGCGAAGGGGAUUGGAUCCUCAUUGUGGAGCAGGCUAAUUAUUUUCUUGAUCAGACCGUGACGGCAUGUCAACUUGCAUGGCAGUAUGUCCUGGAGCACCCGGAGGAUCUCGGCGCGACGCCGGAUCACGAGUUACCGGCUUCCAUUUGGCAGCUACCAGCUCUGCGUGAGCUCCAGGUUUCCACUCAGGCCAUCACUUUUGCAUUCUUUCAAUGCAGCUUUGAGGCUCCCACUUCCAAACCUACCCGCCUUCUCACUAAUCUACAGGCCUUUGUCGAGCAGCCUCCGCCUUUUGCUUCAUGGCCACGCUUCGACUCCAGCGAUCGCUACGUGCGGCCGUUGCCGCCACGCUGCCCGCACGGGAAACACGACAAAGUACUUGCAGGCCGAGAAGGCUCCCGCUGGGCGACCGAGUCAUCAGCAGCCUAUCCUCCUCUGUUGUGUGAGUGGCUUGCGCAUGCUGUGCUUGCUUCCGCUUCGCAGGGGGGACUUGGGUCAGCGCCGCACAGCUCCGUUCCAGGUGAGGCAGGUCCAAUGCAGGAAUCCCACGAGGCGACGCAGGAGGUGCAUCAGGAUUUGUGUGAAGUGCCGCAGGGGCUGCAGCAUCAGGAUUUGUGUGAAGUGCCGCAGGGGCUGCAUCAGGUGGUUUCCGAUAGGGUAGAGGCGGUUACAGAUAGGGUAGAGGCGGUUGGCUUGAUCGAGUCGGAAGCACCUCCUUCCACUUUGUUGCCGUCGCCAGACUCUUCGGGGUCCUCGUGCAAAGGCUUCCCGGCUUCCACUGAAGCAUUGGCAUCCUUCGUGCGUAGCAACAUGCCCGGGCACCCCUUUACCACGAUUAGCCUUUACCUUAACACCGGCACCAAGCCCCACAAGGACUCCAGGAACGCACCUUUGCCCAAUGGGAUAAUAGGGGUUACUGACUUCGUAGGAGGAGAGAUCUGGGUCGAGGCCCAGGAUGGGGAGUCUGUUCAGAUUGUUGACGGUAAGCGCUUAAGUGGUCACCUUCUUCCGAUCAGUGAGACACCCACCUACAUACAUGCUUACCGCGAUCUUCACCUCACAAUGCCCUGGAAAGGUAAGAGAUUGGUCAUCAUAGCUUUCAGUGUAUCGGAGCAUACUCAGGCAUGCGAUGAGGAUCUCGCGUUUCUUCGCGGGCAUGGUUUCGUCCUUCCGGGCGAAGAGCACAGUGCUGAUCUUGAGGCGGUCCAGUCAGAUGAUUCGGAGGUGCUGGAGGGGGGCGAGGUCGAAAGACCGGAGCCCUUCAAGCAUCAGGAGUGCCACAACAUCGGGCUGCCUUUGAACCUCGAGUGGGAUGGCAAAACUCAGCCGAUCACGGAUGGCUUUGGACUCUGCUCACCCACUAGAUGGCCUCCGGAAGCCAGGGGGGGCCUGCUGCCCAAGCAGGCUUUGGAGUUCGCCACUGCCAUGCAUCAAGUGCUUCGAGACUUUGUAGCGGACGUCGUGCCUGAUAUCAGGCGCACGGCGAUGGAGCUUGCGCUAGGAGGACUCCUAUGUCAGCGGGGUCGCGAUCGGUUAUGA